UCGAUAACGUUCACCUGCUCGUCUCGCGCUCCGCUUCCCUACGUCGCCCCUAUUUAUUCACGCCUCGACCCCCCCUUCUCCAUUUUCUUCUCCCUCUUCGAUCGUCUUGAUCUUUGGGGUUCCGGAAACCCUAGGGGAGGCGAAGGGACUCGGAGCCCGUAAUCUGCCCGUUCUACCGUGAAAUCUCUUCGGAAACUGUCAGGAAGACCACAGCCGUCGGCGUUGCGCCCUCUUCAGCCUCAGCCAUGAAUCCGGAGUAUGACUAUCUAUUCAAACUUUUGCUUAUUGGGGAUUCGGGUGUUGGAAAAUCAUGCCUCCUCUUAAGAUUUGCAGAUGAUUCUUACCUGGAAAGUUACAUUAGCACCAUUGGAGUUGAUUUUAAAAUUCGGACUGUCGAGCAGGAUGGGAAGACCAUUAAGCUUCAAAUCUGGGAUACUGCUGGGCAAGAGCGUUUCAGAACAAUUACAAGUAGCUACUACCGAGGUGCCCAUGGUAUCAUUGUGGUCUAUGAUGUGACAGACCAGGAGAGCUUCAACAACGUGAAGCAGUGGCUAAAUGAGAUUGAUCGUUACGCGAGUGACAGUGUGAAUAAGCUUUUGGUUGGGAACAAGUGUGAUCUUACUGCAAACAAAGUUGUCUCUUACGAGACAGCUAAGGCUUUUGCUGAUGAAAUCCGUAUCCCUUUUAUGGAAGCUAGUGCAAAAAAUGCAACUAAUGUUGAGCAAGCAUUUAUGGCCAUGACCGGUGCCAUAAAGAACAGGAUGGCCAGCCAACCAGCUCUUAACAGUGCCAAGCCACCAACAGUGCAAAUACGUGGACAACCUGUCAACCAAAAGAGUACAUGCUGCUCGUCUUAAAGGUGUUUUGACGGUGACAUAUAUCAACUACUUACUAUUCAGAUCGAUUGAUGCUCUCUCUCUAUGGUAUCUUAUUUGGAAUUGUCAAGCAUUAUUCAAUUCAUUUCUAGUUAUCAAUCUUGUUCAAGCUGGAUACUCGGUAAUAUACUCUGUUUGGCCGUCGUCUCUUCA